AUGUGUUGUUCCUUCCAGUCAUUGUUGUCUAAUCUAUUUUGUAUAUUGUUACCUUCCAUGAAGACGAUUGCCUUCAGCGCUGCACUGACUGAAGAUGUCAGCCUCAACCCUAACGACAAGGUUAUCUACAACAAGAUCUUCACUAACUACGGCAACACCUACGAUGGAAGCACGGGCGAGUUCAAGGCCCCUGUGGAUGGCAUCUACGGGAUCUACAUGUACCUGUUGACUCAGACCGGCCAGGAAGGUUGGCUGGAGCUGAUUCACAAUCAGGAUUACGUCGUCUCAGUCUAUGCCAAACAAGAUGGCGCUUAUGAUGCCGCUGGCAACUCGGUGAUGCUCAGACUCAAGGAAGGAGACAUUCUCUUCGUCAGGGCACGCAGACUCUCCAAACUGUACGGCAGAAGUGACCAAGCCUAUUCCUCCUGGAACAUCCAUCUUAUUUCAGCUCUUUAA